ACAGACAAAUCGAUAAUAAACAAUGGCGGCAUUCUUGAGAUUCCUUGCUUGGAUGCCUACGGAAGGCGUAAACGGCUAAUGUAGAGUACCAAAUUGCUGAGGAUACUGUGUAAAUUCGCACAGAAGUUUUAAUUCAAGAGGUGAGGCUGACAGCCUAGAGUUCAGUGGAACGAUGGCGUCUUCUCACACGCUAAUCGCCGGCUCACAGAGCAAAAAAGCCCCACCACCGGUCUCCCCUAAACCUCAGCGUAUGACAGCUACACGGCUAAGCAAAAGCACAGCUCCAAACUCAACCAUGAACCAAAACUCCGCUCGAUCCGCCGAGGAGGAACUUGAUGCACUAACUGACUUACUCAUGAAAAAUUUGGAGCAUUCCUCCGAUCCUGAUUUCUUUGGGAUGUGCAGUAAAUGUGGGCAAAAAGUGUCAGGCGAGGGCACAGGCUGUACAGCUAUGGAUAAGCUUUUCCAUAUCAAGUGUUUCAUCUGUGUCAAGUGUGGAUGUCAACUCACUGGUAAAGUUUUUUACAAAGUUGACAACGAUGCUUACUGUGAGGCAGAUUAUUUGGAUUCAUUGGAAACAUGUUGGUACUGUCAUCAACACAUCACUGAUAGGAUACUUAGAGCAACAGGAAAGUGUUUCCACCCUCAUUGCUUCAACUGUGAAGAAUGUCAUAAGAAUUUGGAUGGUGUUCCUUUCACCCUGGACAACUUCAACAAAGUGCACUGUCUAGAGGACUACUACAGAAAGUACUCUCCACGCUGUGCAUCAUGCCAUCAGCUGAUCCUUCCUGAGGAUGGCCAGGAUGAGACUGUGCGGAUUGUUUCAAUGAACAAGGACUUCCAUGUCAGGUGUUACAAGUGUGAGGAUUGCAACAAACAGUUAUCAUCAGAAAAAGGAGGCAGUGGGUGUUACCCUUUAGAUGGCCAUCUACUCUGUCAAGAUUGCAAUGCAAAAAAGAUUCAGAAACUCACAGCUGAACUGGACAAGCCCCCAAGGCCACUAACAACUGAACUCUAAUGAGACAUCACAGAUUGUGGUGCUGUCCAAUCAUUGCUAGGCAACAUGUGUGUUUUCCUAGCAGGCUGGUCAAGCCUGUACACUUGCUUCAAGUGCAGUAGUCUCUCAGACAGACAAAAAACAUCCUAAACCAAUUUUAUAGGCAAAGCAUGUUAAUUUUAUUUUGUAGCAUACAAGUGUUGUACUCAUUAAUCUGCAGAUUUUUAAAAUUUUGAUUAAUCAUUUUAUACUCUACACUUUUGUAUUUACAAAUGGUAUCAAAAUGCUGUAAAUGAAACCUUAUGCAAUAAAACAAUUAUGAAUCGUCAUAUGAUAUGUAUACUGUGUAUAUGAUGUACAUAUGUGUCUGGAAUACUGUACCUUGAAAAAUUGUGAAGUACUCUCUAAGCUUCCCUAUAGUAGGUACAUCCCUAAGUACCCUAGACAGCCACACUUUUCUAACUGCAGUCACAUAACUUUACCAAGUGAUGCACAUUAACUUAAGCUAUAUUUUAUGGAAAAAAAACAUGGCCUGUUAGAACUUACAAUCUUAGUGGUAUGAAAUAAAUUAUAUGUUUAUAGCCAAA